AUGUCGGCCGCAACGUGGGCGUCGCCGUCCUCCUCCUCGGGGUCGCUCAGCAGCUCCUUCGGAGUGCACGUGCCAUCGGGUUUGCGCCACUUUGAAGGUCGAUUCCAGAACCUGCGCGGGCAAUCGCUCUUCUACUUUUCGCUCUACCCGCCGUCCAAGCGCACGCUGCGCGGCGUCGUGUUGUAUCUCCAUGGCGCGGGUGAUCACUGCCGCCGGUACAUGUCAUUGUACGAAUGCCUGUGUGAAGAAGGCUUCGGCGUCAUCAGCUACGACAUGGUGAACCAUGGCGCCAGUGAUUGCGACGGCCACAAGACACGUGGCCACGUACGCAGCUUCCGCCAGCUCGUGGAAGACACGGAUACGUACGUUGCGUUCGCCAAGAAUGCAAUCUUCCCCCAAACCAGCCUCUUGAUGCCGCCCUUGAUCAUUGCCGGCACGUCUUUCGGGUCGCUCGUGGCGUUGCACGUCGUUCUCUCCGGACAACACAAAUUCUACGCCGGUUUCUGGGCUGGGCCAACGGUCGGCAUGGAGAUGUCGACGCCCUGGAAGGUUCAGGCGGCGUUCAUCCAGCCUUUGGCUCUGCUACUGCCUCGGGUGCGUCUGGUGCCGGGUGUUGACUACGAGCUGCUCUGGCGAGAUCCUGGUACCUUAGAAGACUUCAAGGCCGACGUGUUGGCGACAAAGAGCGACAUCACUGCCAGGACGAUGCAACAGACACUCAGCGCCAUGCACCGCUUGACGAAAGACAAGAGCAUCAAGCAAGCCGGGAGCGGCUUCUGUGCUAUAAGUGUGCUGUUCCUGGUCGGAUCGGAAGACCACAUCGCCGAUCAAGGCGUGACGAGGAAAUUUCACGACAAAUUCGCCAACAUGGACAAACAGUUCAAAGUGUUCGACGGCGUCUUCCACAGCGUCUUCGAGGACCCAAAGCGAGACCUAGUCUUCGCCUUCCUUUGCCAAUGGCUACGAGACCGCUUCCCUGAGCUGCACACAGAUAAAACCUCUUGA